UUGUUUCCAUGUUUAGAUCGUUCAUUUAUUUAUAUUUUAAUACGGUUUUAUUUUUUGUGCAUUUUUUUACUUUGUUCCUAAUUCUCAUCACAAACCUUUUUCUUAAAACAGUUUUAUUCAAAACGAAUUUGAUAGUCUUGCAUCUAGUUCAGACUAAUUACUAUUCACAUACGUUUGACGACAUUUUUCAUCUCACUAUUUUAAUUGUACUACCCCAUGUUUUAUUGCAUCAUUUAGGAGUUUAAUUAAAUGUUCUUUAUUUUUUAUGCUUUUAUCAAUUUACACAUUUAUUUAAUCGAUUUUGCAGAAUGUUUUUCAUGUAUCUUCUGCAUCGCCGGCUAUACGCAACAUUGAGAGAUUAUUUAUUUAUAUUUUAAUUAAGGCGGCUCGACGCCAUAUUGUCAAUACCGCAUGUGCUGAUGAAUUGGAAACUCAAAAAAAUAUUACAAAAUAAUAACACAUAAUAAAGAAUAAUUGAUAGUUUUAUAAUUAUUUAUAAAUCAUCGGUUAAUAAUUAUUAGUUUUUUAGUAGAUAACGAGGUAUCUCCUCCCUGUUAUGUUUCCCAUCCCGGGUUUUAAUCUUUCUUAUAUUAAUUCCUCUUCUUAUUCUUUUUUUCUGCUUCUUCUUCUUCUUCUCCUCCUCCUUCUUUUUCUCCUUCUUUUUCUUCUUCUUUUUCCUCUCCCUCUUCUUCUUCUUCUUCUUCUUCUUCUUCUUCUUCUUCUUCUUCUUCUUCUUCUUCUUUUUCGUCUUAACGAGGCAUCUCCUCCCUGUUAUGUUCCCCAUCCCGGGUUUUAAGCUUCCUUAGAUUAAUUCUACUUUCUUAUUAUUUUUCUUCUUUUUAUUCUCCAACUUCUUCUUCUUCUUCCUUAGUCGUACGACCACUUGGGUCAUGCUUACCAUUUCUGGCUUACUAGACUUAAUGAUACUACGUAGUUGGAUCAAUAUGGGAGAACGGUCCAGACGAGAUUUGAGCCCGGGUCCUGCCAAAUGAAGACUGGCGCCGUAGUCGCCUCACCACCGGGCUAGAUUUAUUUGUUACUUGUUUUGUUCCUUAAGUUUUUUUUCCUUAAUUUACCCAUUAUUUAAUGCUUCCUUCUUAUUCCUUGCUAAACAUAUUUCAUUUCUUUAUUUAUUCACUUAUUUUAAUUGCCAAUUCCCUCUUCGCAAUCUCGUUUCUCUGGACAUAAUAUUAAGCCUCGGAAUUACCAUUGAGCAUUCAAUUCCAGUAAAUCAUACACUUGACUAAGCCACAUUAAUUGCAAAAACCUGCAGUAGCAGCAGCAAGCAGCAGUAACCUGUUUCCACAAAUCUGUACACAGUUUCAGUUGCUUAAUUUGCACACAAUCGUAAAAAUUAAAUUAACGUUAUAAAUAUGUAACUCACUCACAUCGGCAUCUUGCCCCCGCCGGAUCGUACAGUCGUGAACAGCAAAAAAAAACACAAAACAAAUGCGUUAAAAAGGGGUAAGCGCACAGCGUUAGAUAAGGCUUCAAUUAUACUUUGAAUAUGUAUUACCAAUUAGUUUUAUGAUCCUGCUGGAUCGAACUAACCCCGAGCUAUCGAGUGCGAGGGUUGUAAAUGGAAAUGUAGCCGCACACACACACACUCGGUUCAACAUCAUUUGAAGCGAUUGAUUUACGGCCCAGUGCACCAUUUGGACGGUGCAAUUUCCGGUGUCCCACCCAAACGCUUCUCUCUCUCUCUCUGGCGGCCCAGGAUGCAUCUCGCCCAAGCCGCUUGACGUCUUCGAAUGUGUCUUUUUAAUUAAACUGUUCUCUUUACAUACACGCUCGUGCUUAGGGUGAGCGAGACAGGCAUGCGAAAAAAAGCAGUCGUAAAAUGCCUAAGCACGGAUAAACAACGCUCGAUGCACUUCCACGCGAAUGCACCGCUUAAACACUUGCAUCGUUAUCCGGGCGACGUGCACUCGACGCGACAUUCAAGACAACCCCUUACAGCGGGGGGGAUAACGGGGUGUUUUGGGGUUGAGUAGGCCCCAACGGGUCCAGGGAGUUAUGAGUUAUGAUCUGAUCUGGAAAUUUUACAUUCUACUACCAGACUGUGAACAAGUAAUUGGACGGGUUGUUUACAGUGGAACAAUCGAACGGGCAGACUUGACCCAUUAGCGAAGCAUGUUCGCUAAGGAGCUCGAUCUGAGUUCUACCCCCGCCGAAUCGGUACGUGCGACAUUGUAGUGAGCUUGUGUGGCCCAACACGUCACCGAGCCAGCCAGAACCAAUCGAUUGGUCAUCGGGUACCGAAAAAUCUGCUUCUAACCUGCCUGUCAGUCAACGGACUUUUUUUGUUUUUUUUCGGAUUCAAUUCAUCAAUAUCAUCGCUAGCUUUCCGGAAUGUUUUACCCCCGCCGAUUACAAUCAACGUCUGAAGGUGCGAUUUUAUCAACCGUUUUCAGCGAAGGUGGUUGUGAUCUUCUUUUCUUUUGCUAGUCCAUUCACGGUUGAUUACGAAUGGCAUGCGGAUGACGGCAUGGUCCAGACAUUUCGGUUCGCUUAUCAUUCGCCGGUUACAAUUAAUAUUGUGAAGUGCUGCUCGGUUCUGCGGCUGCACUCGGCUCGGCACCUUUUGCUCAAUCUGGUUCGUUUUGUUUUCCGUAGGAGAGGAGUGAUUGAUAAGACAUUCUUCGCCACCAUAAAGCGGGCGUACAGUUAUGUCAUUAGACAAAGUGUCAUUAAUUAGACGGCGGUGGUGGAAUUUCCACCAAGUUUGGGCGAGGGGAACUCCGUGCUCUUAUGAAUUGUUCCGAUUGAAUCUCUUAGUAAAAAUUUUUGCACAAAAACUCCUAAAUUUUGCACCAAGACCCCGACACCUCAUCCAGUGAGAUGGCCAUUUUUUCGAUCGUAUCGCAAGCUUCCCCAGGGUGAAACAAAUCCGCAAUAAACACUUGUGCCAGGGAUUAAGAUAAGUCUAUAUAGGGAUGUGAUUUUGGUUUUACACCGAAAGACCUUCACCCCGAUCGGGGGAAUUUGGUGGUGUUGUCUGAAACAGUCUAACUGGCCAACAGUUGCGCCAGCCAGGUUGACGACAUCAGUCUGGUAUUUUUCGAGACAAACAGUUACGACAGUAGCGCGGUCAGGACACGAUAUCACUCAACCGGACCAGUUCACCCGCUACUUUGAACAUUUCCGACCGACUUCCACCCGGGGUUUGAUAAGAAUCGCACCCACCACCGGCGUACCAGAAGGGCUUCUUUAAUUAGUGCUUGUAUCGUUUGGUUUGAUUUUUUUUUCUCCCGCUCUUGUCUUUUCACCACCUGCAAACCUGCAAAACAUGGCAAUGGAAUUUGUUGCCGGAAUGAAUUCCCGGUUUUCUCCACUCCACGGGGGCGGCAUUGGAAUGUGACAGUAAUAGCUCGUUUUACAACAAACACCUGUAUUGUUACCCCGAAAAGUGGCAAUAAUUUGCAAUGAUAAAUCAGUUUCUAUACGCUUUUCCGGGUGAAUGGACGACGUUUACUAGCGUAUUACAUGGGCGCUGAGAAGAAAGCGCAUCGCUGUACGGUGCGGGACUUGGUGAGAUGGGAGAACACCUCAACCGGGACUGCGAGGGUUUUUCCCUCACAAUCGAUCAAUAAUGAAUUAUAGAAGCUAGGGUAAUGGAGGAAGUACACAAAGCAAAAGAAAAAAAUGUAUCUGGGAAUCAAUUAGUAACAAAUUGAAAUCGAAAUCGAAAAACCUUGUUAUACCGAGGUGUGUAAUGAUUGAAAGAAGGAAUAGAUAAUAUUGUUAUUAACUAAUUAAUAUGAAACUUACUUCUGUACAAUUAAAAUUUUAAAAGAAAAAUAUAUAAAACAAAUAAAAAUGCCCUUAAACAGCGAUUUACAACUCUUUCGCUGUUUAAAGGCAACUUCAAACUACAAGACUUACAAGACUUGACUUAAGACUAUAAAACGAACUUCAGUUCUAUUAUUCAGCUAUUCAUAAAUUGUCACCCCUAAAGCUUUUUUUGUAAUUUAUUUGAGGAUGUGAAUACGCAUCGCUGUUUAUGAAAGUAAACCUAAGCUUAUUACGGGCUCUUUAACAGAUCCAAUCAAUCAUAAUACGUUUAACAAAUAAAUCAGUUUCAAUUUCAAGGAUAUUUAUUUUAUAUUUUUUUGAAAAAACUCAUCUUACUUCCAACCAAAUUUCUGUCCGAAUAAUUACCGAUUGCAUAAGAUUGCACCGUAGACAUCCACAGCAGAAAUGAAGGAAUGUACCCUGUCGUUGGGGUGUAAAAUAAACUCCCCAGAUAAACCAACCCGCCCCGUUGGAUGAGGAUGAGGUUUGUGUUUUGUGCAAUUUUUCACCCAGUCAUCGUCAGUAUGAUGUAAGUCAGGACGCUUCAAGUUUGUACCUGUUUCAACGCUUAUCAGAAGCAUUACUUACCUCUAUCCGUGUUGGAGGAAUAACUGAGAAUAAAAACUGGGUCAUCUCAGUUUUAUGUCGAACUUCUUCCAUGCUUCAUUUUCAUUGAUUAUUGUGAUGAUUUGUAGGUAACAUGUAGGAUUGAUUGAGCGUUAUAGUGAACUUCCACAAUCAAGCAGCUGAUUCUCCCUCAAGCUCCAUAUUACUUCAUUUCUCCAAUCACCAUCGAACCCGGUGGAAUCUCUGUGACGUGUGGCCCGAUCGGCCCGGUGUCCGAUUAGAUAGCGCACAGUCCAAAACUCGUGACUUGGGCAAUUGGACCAGUGACGAAAGCAAGAGCCCGCGCAGGAACAGGUGUAGGUGGAAGCAAUGCCAAAGCGAUAAGAAGCUGGCGAAUAGUUUUCCCCUUGGUCAUCAUCCCCUCAUCAUUGUCGAGGUCCGAUAAGCGGUCCUCUGUUUUACUCCUUUUUUGUGGGGCAAAGCAUCAACAGCUGAUGAUAGACGCUAUAGGGCUGCCGCGCUGUAGUGAAGAGGGUUUUGUUUGGCCAUUUUUUUGCGCAACGUUACGUACCUUGUGCAUGAUGUGAGUCAAAGCUUGUUUGCCCUGUGUCGUGAUAAAACGCAACUUGUCCGAUCUUGUUCCUGCCGGUUGCAGUGAUAUUGCAGUGUGUGGAUUAGAUUUGUGCAAUGUUCCUGUGUUGGUUCUUAAUUAGUUGUCUUCGUCUGCACAAUCCAAAACUUAAUCGGAAAUACAUUACCUGCCCGACCGGACAUCCAUUGCAUAACUGCCGCAUGCCAAUAAGCACGUGCUGACCAACAUCCGGUAACGACGCGCCAACAUAACCCCAGCAUAAAUAGCCACGGGCAUAAACUGACCCCCUUCCCCCACCCCCGGUACCCUUUUCGCGGGAAGGAAUUACCUGAUAAGAUAAGACUGAGCUGUGUCGUGCGCCAGCCGCGACGUUCAAUACUGCUUGCGAUAUUGCACGUGCUAUGAUUAGAUCGAUGCGUCGCUUCCUCUGAACGAACACCUUCUCUGAUCGGCUGGAGGUGGUUUAAUUUUAGGGUACGGCUCCAGACAUGGCUCCACUGAGACAUUGGUGGAUUCCUGAAAAUUCACGUACAAUCAUGGCGCUUGGAAUGUUGACGUGUGCUCAGGCGGAUAUUGAUAAUAGGAAUCGAAUUUAUGGGAGCGUCGUUCUAUCAAAUUUCUUACGUCCAGCACCACCAUUGGAGUGUGACAAACGAUCGAAACAACAUCACCCGAUGCAUCUAACCUUUGAGGAAACGCUUAAAAACACCAACAUUAUGCUGCUGAUGAUGGGCAUUCCACCCUGCGAAGAAACUUAUCCGGACGGUGUGAUCGCUGCGAUACGAAGAAACCUGGGAUUUAUUAGUUCCUUUCUAUUGCUGUCCUACACGACAUUCGGGGAACUCAUCUAUCUGCUGCAGAUGUUCGAACGGGAGGUGAACUUUCUCGAGGUGACAUUUCAGGCCCCGUGCAUCGGGUACUGCAUCAUCGCGGUGUUGAAGAUGAUUAUUCUGGCCGGAAGACGGAACAUGAUUGCCGAACUGGUGGCAAUGUUUCGCACCAAAUGGAGUCAAGCGAUCGUUCAUGACGAGCAUUGGAAGGUGUGCGAGGACACGAUGAAACCAGCGAUCAGGGUCACCUCCGUAACGGCGCUGGUGAACGUGGUGAUGGGCAUAUCCUUCACCGUGCUGCCGAUAGCGGAAAUGAUCUACCACCAUUACUACACCGGCAGCUGGAACCGGCAGCUGGCCUUCAACAUCUGGUGGCCGUUCGAUGUGCUGUCGGGGGCCAAGUACUUCUGGUUCGUCUAUCCAAUGUACGUGGUGAUUGGUUUUACGGGCAUCAUCAUUCAUAUGGCAUUUGACUGUUUGUUCUGCAUACUGGCCGCCCAUCUGUGCAUGCACUUUCGCAUCCUGGAGCACAAUCUCACCCAUGUGGUCGAGGUAGAAACGCGGUGGGAGGACAGCAACGAUGGUAACAUGUCUCGUCUUCAAACUACAGUCGUUAAUCAUCAGGCUUUGAUUGGGUGCAGCGUUUUCAUGCAGAGCGUGUUCGGUAAUGCGUUGUUUGUCAACUUCCUGGGCAGCUCCAUCAUUAUCUGCAUCCAGGCGUUUAUGAUCACGACCGUGAGCGGAUAUACUCUGGUUAAGUUUAUACUGUUUAUACUAUGCUUCUUGAUUGAGCUACUGAUGCUGUGCGCUUACGGUGAGGACAUUGUGCAAUCGAGUGAAGCCCUCAUAAACGCAGCUUACGGUUGCCAGUGGUAUGAGGAGUCAAAGCCGUUCCAUCGGACUGUGCUACAGAUUAUACACCGUAGUCAACAACCAGUCCUGCUUACUGCCUGGAAAAUCUGGCCCAUUCAAAUGAGUACCUUCAGCAGGAUUUUGCAGGCUUCCUGGUCCUACUUUACUCUACUAAAGACGGUCUAUGGAGACAACUAAUUAAGAACCAACACAGGAACAUUGCGCAAAUAUAAUCCACACACCGCAAUAUCACUGCAACCGGCAGGAACAAGAUCGGACAAGUUGCGUUUUCCCACGACACCGGGCAAACAAGCUUUGACUCACAUCAUGCACGUAGCAUUGCGCAAAAAAAUGGCCAAACAAAACCCUCUUCACUACAGCGCGGCAGCCCUAUAGCGUCUAUCAUCAGCUGUUGAUGCUUUGCCCCACAACAAAAAAGGAGUAAAACAGAGGAACGCUUAUCGGACCUCGACAAUGAUGAGGGGAUGAUGACCAAGGGGAAAACUAUUCGCCAGCUUCUUAUCGCAUUGCGAUCGCUUCCACCUACAUCUGUUCCUGCACGGGCUCUUGCUUUCGUCACUGGUCCAAUUGCCCAAGUCACGAGUUUUGGACUGUGCGCUAUCUAAUCGGAACCCGGGCCGAUCGGGCCACACGUCACAGAGAUUCCACCGGGUUCGAUGGUGAUUGGAGAUAUGAAGUAAUAAGGAACUUGAGGGAGAAUCGGUUGUUUGAUUGUGGGUGAACACUACAAAGCUCUUGCAAAUUUGUAUGUUACCAAAAAAAAGCAUUAUAAUGAUGAAUAAUAAAGAAUUUGGAAGAUUA